AUGAAAGUGUCUCUUUUUUUCCCACUUGGGAUAAAAGGAGACACUCCACUACGUAGGAAAAUUUCGCCGCCUCCGGGCUUAUUAGAUAGUACCGAUGAGGAUGAACGUAACAGUAUAAAAAUGAGCUCACAAGCACCACCAGAAAUUCGACAAAACCGUAAUACAGCUAACGCAACUGUAUUAGAGCAGCGAUCACUUACUACAGUAUCUCAGACUACGUUAGAUGAUUCAGUAGAAGGUAAUGCUGAGGCUUUUCAUGUUGUACAUCACCAGCGUCGUCGACUACAGCCGAGAGAAGCGCAAAAUGAUCAGUCUUUUGAUGCAACAAUUUCACCACCAUUACAGACACCUGUUCCCAAGAUUUCCAAGGAAGCGGAACGUUUCAGUUGUGAAUUCAGAUUUCCGCCGGUUAAAAUUUCAUUUACUAAUACCAACGUCUUGUUUACUGAUCAGAUUACUAGACAGUUUAUUGAUGAAUUAAAAAGACGAAAUGUUAGAACUCGUAACUUGAUUUCAUUUUGGCGAAUUGAUAGUACAAAGAAAUAUUUGUUUGUUUAUGGUGAUAACCGUGAAGCAUUUUCGCAGUUACUUAUGAAUGAAACAUAUCCCAGAAGUAUUAAUGGUCAACAAUUUAAUAUUGAACAGCCUAAGCGUAUACCUCCACAGAUGAGUGUUUUAGCUAUGGGAGUUUCUUGUCAGCUAUCAGAGGCAGAAGUAAUCGCUGAUGUUCAGGAGCAGUAUGCCUCUGCGGAUGUCGUUCUCUUCGUCUGUCCUGCAUCUAGUCGAACACGAAAUGUUAAGGUUAACUUCCGUGACAAUCGUGAUUACACAAAAUGUCUGAAUAAUGGGUUUAUUUAUGUUAAUCAUUUGAAGCUAACAGUGAAACGCUAUUUGGGUACGCCUAGGGUCAUGCUAUGCUCAAAAUGCCAGGGAUACGGGCACUUCCGUGCCAAAUGUGCAAGUGCUCAUGAAUACUGUGCUGUCUGUUCUGCAGAAAGAUCUCUUGAUUCAUCACAUGUGUGUACCAAUGUUACUAAGUGCAGGAACUGCUGUGGUGAUCAUUCUUAUACUUAUUCUCAGUGCCCCGCAUUGUUACAGUAUAGAAGAGAAUUAAUUGAACAGCUGCUGGAAAAAGAUAUGGUUCCUAAUCAUGUACACAUACCUAAAGCAUUUAGAAGUCGUCUGAACAGAGUUUUUCCGCUUACACCUGCACAAAAUCGUGUUACAUCUCAUGUUAAACAACAGGUUAAUCGUACAGUAUCACCAGUGAGGUCCUCAUCUGUUAGACAGGCACAGUUAUCAACUUAUGCUAAUGUUCUCAAUAGAACCGAUAGUGGUGAAGAUUCACUAAUUAGGCGUUGUGAGUUUGAAGAUCACAUGCAACAUUAUCAGCAACAGUUAUCGGAAAUUAAUAAAGCUCAUUUUGAUACAAUGUUGAAUCUUAGUAAUCAAAUUAACAUGUUAGGUGCAAAAGUCGACUGUGUAUCAUCAAAAGUAGAACAAAUGAACCUUUUAGUUAGCAACGUUGUAAUUCCAUGUGUAUUUACAUUAGCUGAUUCGUUAGUUAAAUUGGACGAAAAAAUAUCUUGUAUGGAAGGUAAACCAGACAGACAGACAGUUUCUCUUUUAGGUAUAGAGGCUGAAGCAGAAAGCGAGAAAGUGAGAAGAAUGACAAAAUGUUUAGCAGAAGCAGGAACUGUGACUGAAACUAGCUUUUUUCAAAGUUCAAGGGUUUUUUCAAAUUUAAUGUCAAAAUUUCCUUUUCCUUCACCAGCUCCUACUACUAACGUUAUUUCGACUUCUGCAUCCUUCUCGACAUGAAUUUUAACCCUUUAGCUCCACCUUUUGCUUUUUUCGAUCCUUGUAUAGAUUUAAAUGUUGUGACGUCUAAUCUCGAACAGUUAUGUGAUCUCGAUCGAGAGCUUUUAAAGUUACUAGUUCACGAGUGGAACUUCAAGCGUUCUAUUUCAAGUUUGUCAAAUUUUUGAAACUCUUUUUCCUGCGACAGUUUUCUUACUACCAAACCGUUGUCUUCUCUUUUGUUUAAUGUUGAAGGCUUAUCGAGUCGAUUACCCGAGGUUGAGGAAAUUAUAAAUUUUAGUGCACCAACUGUCUGUGCUUUGAUCGAAACCGGCAACGCUAUCUCGAACUUAAAUCAUGCUUGGUUUCCUUCAUACAAACGUUUCUUUACACCUGGUUCAAACGCGCACGGCGGUAUAUUACUCCUAGUGCAUAAUUCAGUUCAGGCUACGGUUUUUUUUGCAGAACCUAAUUUGCUCGCAGUUUCAGUUUGCUUAGGUUCAGUUUCGAUUCAGGUGGCAGCAUGCUAUGCGCCACGGUCUUCAGAUUUACCACUGAGUUCACUACGCUCGGUGUGUUCGAAUACGCCAUGUCAACUGCUUGGAGAUUUUAACGCGUACUCGGAUCUG